UUCCUCUUUUGUCUGGUUUGUGUCUCAGAAAAAUCCAGGUUGUUGCCAAAUGUGCUGUUGAGUGUUCUUCUCAUCUAACCUCGCUUGCUCUAUACACUGUCAUGAAGUUACAGAGAACCAUAUUGAAGGUAGCUAGAUAAAGCCUGAAUCAUCAUGCCAUUUGGGUUUGUCUCAGCUUGGAACAAGAGACGUAGAACCAAGUCUCAGGAUCACACAGACCCUUGGAUAUAUAAACCUGUGGAGUUGUGGCAGAUUGAGGAUCAAACACGUCAGCCAAAGAGAAGGCAUAAUGGGUCGUCUGUGUUCACACUCAGGGAGAUGGAAGAAGCAACAUGUUCAUUCAGUGAUGAUAAUCUGCUCGGAAAAGGAGGAUUCGGCAAAGUCUACAGAGGCACUUUACGUUCAGGAGAGGUUGUAGCGAUUAAGAAAAUGGAGCUGCCAGCAUUUAAAGAAGCAGAGGGGGAGAGAGAGUUCAGAGUGGAAGUGGAUAUCUUGAGCAGAUUGGACCACCCGAAUCUUGUUUCCUUGAUAGGUUAUUGUGCAGAUGGAAAGCACAGAUUCCUGGUUUAUGAGUAUAUGCAAAAUGGGAACCUGCAAGAUCAUUUAAAUGGCAUUGGAGAGAGAAAAAUGGAUUGGCCUUCAAGACUCAAAGUGGCACUGGGGGCUGCAAGAGGCCUUGCUUAUCUCCAUUCAAGUUCUGCAGUUGGAAUUCCAAUUGUUCAUAGGGAUUUCAAAUCCACCAAUGUUCUCUUAAAUGCUAACUUUGAAGCAAAGAUAUCAGAUUUUGGGUUGGCUAAGUUUAUGCCGGAAGGACAAGAAACUCAUGUCACAGCUAGAGUACUUGGUACUUUUGGAUACUUUGAUCCAGAGUAUACAUCGACAGGGAAACUGACGCUGCAAAGUGAUGUUUACGCAUUUGGUGUUGUUCUUCUUGAACUUUUAACUGGACGACGAGCUGUAGAUCUGAACCUGGGUCCCAACGAUCAAAACCUCGUAUUACAGGUGAGACACAUAUUGAAUGAUCGGAGGAAGCUGAGGAAGGUGAUAGAUCCAGAAAUGGCGAGGAACUCAUACACAAUGGAAUCCAUAGCCAUGUUCGCGAACCUGGCAUCAACAUGUGUCCGUACAGAUAGUUCUGAGAGGCCUUCCAUCGUAGAUUGUGUUAAACAACUCCACCAGAUUAUAUAUACCAAUUCAAGAGGUCUUGGAAUGGUUUUGCAUAGUUUCAGAAUGAUUUAAUAAUACGUUUGAACCCCAUAUAUAUAUAUAAAUAAAAACACUUUUCCAAGUUCAAA